AUGUCUCAUGUAGACCAGUUGGUUCUUGCAGUCGGGUAUGUUUUAAAUGACGGUGUACCCUGUGAACGAUUUCUUACCUUCAUCCCGUCAGUUGGACAUACCGCAGAGGGUAUGUUUAAAAGUGUGAUGAGAGAACUAGGAAAUCUGGAAAUAAACAUUGAUGACUGCCGAGGCCAAUCGUACGAUAAUGCCUCAAAUAUGUCGGGGACUUACAAUGGUCUUCAGGCAAAGAUAAAGAGCAAAAGUCCUUUAGCUCUAUUCAUCCCGUGUGCGGCUCAUUCUUUAAAUCUGGUCGGAUCAUCUGCUGCUGAAUCUUGUGAAGAAGCGUGCAGAUUCUUCAUGUUGCUUCAAGAACUUUAUGUGUUUUUUACAUCUUCUACAAAACGAUGGGAGUGCCUGAUAGGUGUAAUGGAAGAUUCUUAUCAGAAUAAUAAGACUAUAAAAAGGGUGUGUCCUACACGAUGGUCGGCUAGGGAUGAUGCAUGUCAGAGCUUGCGAGAGUCUUGGGACGAAGUGUACAAGGCUUUGACAACAAUUUCAAAAGACCCCACAGGAAAGGCUACAACCAGAUGUGAGGCUCAAGGAAUCGCUCGGAAUCUAGAACGUUUUGAGACUGCAUUUAUGAUACACAGACUGACUCCUGUGUUGGCUUGUUCGGAUAGGAUGCUGAGAGUUCUAGAUCACUCCACUCUACUGCACAGUCUGUCACUGACAGGGGUGCCAACUGUUCUGCAUCUAUCCAAUAACGAUGGUGGGGCCAUUGGUGAUCAGCUUCUUUAUAGCACUGAUGAUGGAACUACUGGAUUAGUUCAAAUUACUAAGGAUAUUUUAGAAAUGGUGGAUGGAGCCAAGCAGGCGUGGCAGUGCCUUUAUUGCUAUGCCAUUACAGGAGAUGGUAUGGCAGACCUGCUGUGGAACGUUCAGAUUGCACUCUUUGCUAAAUCAAAAAUUUGA